AAGUGAGGUUAAGUUCGGUUCGACCACAAAAAAGUGUUUUUUGUUACCUAGUGGUUUAACAUGAAGAAAAGUUCGGCUGAAAAUUCGUCGAUGACGGAGGAAGACCGAUUAAAACUGGCUAAAAAAUUGGACUCGGAUUUGGAUGAAUUUAUUCAAAAUCUGCCUCGGAAAAAAUACGAGGACGGUUGGCGUGAGGAUGAAUGGGAAGAAGAAAUGGCUAAGCAUCCGUUUUUCAUGAAGGAACCACCCAAACCCGGAGAUAAAUUGCAUCCAUUGAUGGAAGGGUUGCAGAAAUUGAAAUAUGAUCCUGAAGAGAACGAACCACCCGAAUUGGCGAUAUCAUAUAAGGAGGACGGUAAUUUUAAUUUCAAACAUAAAAACUAUAGGCUCGCCAUAGUCGCUUACACGGAAGGAAUUAAGCAAAAGUGUGGCGAUGCAGAAAUUGAAGCGACUUUGUAUAACAAUAGAGCUGCCGCGCAUUACUUUUUAAAAAACUAUAGGUCAUCGUUAAGAGACUGUGAGUUGGCUUUAAAAGUUAAGCCAGAUUACAAGAAGGCACUAAACCGGGCAGCUUAUUGUUGUUUGGAAAUAUUACAAUUUAACAAGGCCAUUGAAUUCUGUGACAAACUUUUAAAUGUAGAUAAAAGUGACACGGAGAUUCUGCAGUUGAGAAAAAAGUGUUUAAAUUUAUUGAAGGUCAAAGAGAGGGAUCAAAGACGAAAGGAAACUGCUUUCAAGAAAGAUAAACAAAAGGAAGAGAAGCUAAUAAACGAAAUAUUGAAGAGAGGUUAUAAAUUGGAUGGUGGCAAGAGUGGGACAAUUGAGCUGAGUCAAUUAGAACCAUGUUUUCCGGAACUUGUGAAUCACCGUGUAUACUUGGACGAAGGGACCAACUCUUUAAUUUGGCCGGUGGCUUUGGUUUAUCCAGAAUAUAAAGUAAUUGAUUACAUUGAAGAGUUUUCUGAAAACCACAGAAUUGUUGAUCAUUUGAGUGUAGUUUUCGAACAAUGUCCCGAAUGGGAUCAGGAAAAAAAAUACACCUUGCAAAACCUUAGCAUCUAUUAUGAAGACAGCAAAGGAAAAGUAGUUAAAAUUAACCCAGGCAGUUUAUUAAAAGAUGUGCUAAAGCAGGAUAGGUUUCUUAUCAAAGGUGGCAGCCCUUCACUUUUUAUUGUAGUCAAAGAUAGUGAAAUAGAAAAACAAUUGUUAACACAAUAAGAGUAAUAAAUAUUUUUAAAUAAACGGC